UCGCACAACAUAUACAACAGCAACUCAUCUCAAACCAAAUUCAGUUUCAUCAUCAACCAAACUCAUCUCAACAUUUUCUCAACAUUUUAAGGUUAUAAUUAAGCUUACAUGACAACCUACGCAAAAUCUCCUUCCUCUUCUUCUUCUUCUCCUUCUCCGUCUUCUCCAAAAAAAUCAUCUUUUGCGAGAUUAUGCCGCAAGUUGUCCCCCAAGAGCGGGAGGACGCCGUCACUAGAUCAAGUGGAAGUUGAUCAAGUAGUGGAAUCGCAGCAGCAGCAGCAGCUCCGAAUGGUGUUCAAUUACAUGGACGAGGACGGUGACGGCAAGAUAUCCCCGGUUGAGUUGCGUAGCUGCGUGGGGGCGGCUGGAGGGCAGCUGUCUAGGGAGGAGGCAGAAGCCGCCGUGGCAUGUUCCGACAAAGACGGGGACGGGCAUUUGGGGUUCGAGGAGUUUUGUAGUCUGAUGGAGACGAGUCAUGAGACGGAAGAGGAGAAGGUGAAGGAGCUGAGAGAGGCGUUUGGGAUGUACGCGGCUGCCAUGGAAGAGUGCAUAACUCCAGGGAGCUUGAGGAGGAUGCUGGGGCGACUGGGGGAGUCACGGUCUCUUGAGGAUUGCAAGGCCAUCGUUAGAGUAUUCGACCUCAAUGGAGAUGGGGUUCUCACCUUUGACGAGUUCGCCCUUAUGAUGCGCUAGGCUUACUUAGCUUUUUCAUUUCCCAUGUUCCGCUUCGGUUCAUCAGUUCCUUGUACAUUGAUAUUCAUAUUCAUUAUUUUUUCUCUUUUGAUUUAUACAUUACAAUCACAGUCAAGUGCCAAGUUAUAUAGGAGUUGUUCUUUUAAAGUGUAA